ACCCGCACCAUCGAGUGCUGCUCUGAGAUGAGAGCAGGAGCAGAGGGUCUCCACACUCAGGACCUUGAGAUGCCGGGCUUGGACCAGAACUAGGGAGGGACCAGACUGGGGCUGUCCCUUUUUCAAGCUAAAGGGGAUGUACAUGCAGGUCACCUUGCCUGGUUCGGAGCUGAGCUGCCGUGACCCUCUUUCCCUUGCCCGGUGUGAGCUUCUGGAGGCCACUGAGGCAGAGCCAGAGGCGCCAGCUGCAGAGCUCCAGCCGGCGGCAGAAGCAGGGCAGUGGACAGUGGUGGAGGUAGAGCUGGCUCCAGCUCCGUCAAUACCACCCCCUCUAGCGCUGGAGCCAGCGUCCCCUCCAUCAGCAGUGUUGGAGCUGGAGCAAGGGCCCACGUCGGCUCCAGCAGGAGUGGGAGCUGCUGAGCUGGAGUCACCUGGACCAUCAUUUCUAGUGGGAAGUCCAUCUCCACCUGUGGCCAUUAAGGAGGGUGAGAAGAAGCCUAACUUCACGGCCUUCCCUCCUAAGCUGGUGGCGGAGCAGUUGACCGUGAUGGAUGCCACCGUAGAGGUGGACACUAACAGGACCUGCUGCACAAAGUGGCUGUGCCGGCUCCAUGAGGAGUGCGAGAUCCUGAAGAACUUCUCCUUGCUCUGCGCUGUCAUCUCUGCUCUGCAGAAAACCUCCAUAAGCCACCUGAAGAACAUGUGGGCGGAUGUUUCCCGGAUCACGCUUUGA